AUGCAGGCCAACGGUACGGGAGGACAGGAGCCGGAGCCGCAGGUGUCUUGUCGGAACGGAGAGUCCUCGUCAACCGCCGCGGGAGCUGUGCACUCCAACGGGCUACUGUCCGCGGCUAAUAAUGGGCUGCCUUCCACCGAGAGUCCGGCCUUAGAUACCGGCCUGAAGAAGAAGAAACGACUGUCACAGGCCGAUGAGGAUGUGAUCAGACUUAUAGGACAACAUCUACACGGGUUAGGACUCAAUCAAACCGUGGACCUGUUGAUGCAGGAAUCCGGCUGUAGACUUGAGCAUCCAGCUGCUACCAAAUUCCGGAAUCACGUGAUGGAGGGAGAGUGGGAAAAGGCUGAGAGCGAUCUGAAUGAGUUGAAAGCACUGAUGCAUUCACCCGGCGCUGUUGUGCGGAUGAAGUUCUUGCUCUUGCAGCAGAAGUAUUUGGAGUAUCUGGAGGAUGGGAAGGUCCUGGAGGCUCUACAGGUGCUCCGAGCCGAGCUCACCCCUCUGAAGUAUAACACAGAGCGGAUCCACAUUCUCAGCGGGUACCUGAUGUGCAGUCAUUCUGAUGAUCUGCGUGCUAAAGCUGAGUGGGAGGGCAAAGGGACGGCUUCGCGAUCCAAACUCCUCGACAAACUACAGACAUACUUGCCCCCGUCUGUGAUGUUGCCACCCCGUCGUCUGCAGACUCUGUUACGUCAGGCGGUGGAGCUACAGAGAGAUCGCUGUCUGUACCACAACACCAAACUGGACAGUGGGCUGGACUCUGUGUCUCUGCUGAUAGACCACAUGUGCAGCAGGAAACAGUUCCCCUGCUACACCCAACAGAUUCUGACCGAGCACUGCAAUGAAGUCUGGUUCUGUAAAUUCUCCAACGAUGGCACCAAAUUGGCCUCAGGAUCCAAAGACACGACAGUCAUUAUAUGGCAGGUUGAUCCUGAAACUCAUCAGCUCAGACAGCUGAAGACUCUAGAGGGUCAUGCCUAUGGGGUUUCCUAUCUGGCCUGGAGCCCCGAUGACAUGUAUCUGAUAGCCUGUGGCCCAGACGACUGCUCUGAGCUUUGGCUGUGGAACGUUCAGACAGGGGAACUGAGAACCAAAAUGAGCCAGUCCCAUGAAGACAGCUUGACCAGUGUGGCCUGGAACCCAGAUGGCAAGCGUUUCGUUACCGGAGGUCAGAGAGGCCAGUUCUACCAGUGUGAUCUGGAUGGAAAUCUGCUGGAUUCGUGGGAAGGUGUCCGCGUUCAGUGCCUGUGGUGUCUGAAUGAUGGCAGAACAGUGCUGGCUUCUGAUACACACCAGCGGAUCCGUGGAUACAACUUUGAAGAUCUGACUGACAGGAACAUUGUUCAGGAGGAUCACCCCGUUAUGUCCUUCACAGUGUCAAGAAACGGACGAUUAGCUCUGUUAAAUGUCGCAACUCAGGGAGUUCAUCUGUGGGAUCUGCAGGAUCGCGUGUUAGUCAGAAAGUAUCAAGGUGUGACUCAGGGCUUCUAUACCAUCCACUCCUGCUUUGGGGGCUAUAAUGAAGACUUCAUUGCUAGUGGUAGUGAAGACCACAAAGUUUACAUCUGGCACAAGCGUAGUGAGCUGCCCAUAGCCGAGCUGACGGGUCACACGCGUACAGUGAACUGUGUGAGCUGGAACCCCGUCUUGCCGGGCCUGAUGGCCAGCGCCUCAGAUGACGGCACUGUACGUGUCUGGGGUCCCGCCCCUUUCCUCGAAUCACAGGAGAACGAGGCGAUAAAUGGUAUGAACCAACUCAUCUAAAUACUAUAUACUUGAAUAAUGCUACAGCAUGGACAGUUGAUGUUGACCCUGGAGCAGAUGUCCACUUUGGAAACUUGACAGCGGGACGCACUAUAGACUUUGUGAAUGAAGAAUGAAAAAAAAUGAAGUAAACACAAAAUCAGAUGGAUGUUUUUUCCGGCGGUUACACAUCAUCCACCCGCAAUGGCAGCAUUAGUCGCGAGGAGACGCCGUUUCAGUGGAAUUAAAUGAAACCAGCUGCCGCCCUUCACCAUCUGACUUCAGACCCCUGUGGCACCACAAAACGGUCACGCCACACGCUUCAAAGAGGACACACUCACCUCAAUAUAACUUCUCCUCCUUUCUACACUGCAUCCUGAGUGGACGACUGUCUCCUGAAUCCACACGCACACAAACGAACGCCAUUGAAAUUAUUUAUUAUGGCUUUAAUUUAUUAUUGUGAAUGAAUCAAGGCUUCGGGCUCGCUUUUGUUCUGUACAAUAUACACUCAGCGAGGGGACAAUACAACCCUAUCGUGGCAUGUGCGAUCUCCAGAUCUUCUGCGGUCGUAAAAUAGGCCGGCGUGGUUCCAAAAGAGACUCGCACUGAUGGAGUUGUUCAAUAACAAAUCAUAUCUUUAUUUUUCAGCAUGAACUUUUGUGCCCUUUUAGCCACCUCUGUGACAGCGAAUGCUCAAAAGUGUCUUCACCAGCAGAAAUACACGAUAUUGUUUUCGUCUUUCCUCCAUGACCUACGAGAAUUUUAAAUGACUGAAAUUACAGGCAUUUUUUAACUGCUAGAAAUCCUCCUUUCAUUUGCUUAGAUUAGGAACUUUCAGACAUGACCCUCGGCUGCAGUUUUCCCCUCUGUCAUUGAUUAUAAGGGACUGUAGAGGAGGGUUUCACUAGACGGGAUGAAUUAUUCUUAAUACUUGAGAUGGGCCGAUAUAGUCGCCAAAAAAGAAACGCAACCGGCUGCGGUUAUUUUUUGGUAACGGGCUUGAAAGCGAAGCCACGAGAGAGUCCCAGCCAUAUCCGAGACUGCGAGGCUUGCCUAGACUUACAGCAUGCUAUGCAUUCUUCUAACAAACGAAUGAGCUAAUGUCAUUUUCUAGAUUAAGACCACGUGUAUAUAACGGCCUUCGGUGUGCAUACUUUGCUAUUGUAAGCGGCUAAUAGAUGUUUCAAACAUGGUUGAGGUCAUCGCUGCAGUGAAUGUAUAGGCUCUUACUCUUAGAGACGUUGGGGAAUUAAGAAAGUUUUGGAUCAUGAGAAAUGUGUUGUCACAGCAAGUACAGAAAUAAUUACAAUGAAUUCCCACAUCUGUCUGUAUUCAAUUGUCUGUUCCCCUUCCAUUCCAACGCCAUCGUAUUCGUUUCUUUGGUCCUCGAUGGUCUCGUUCCCUCUUUAUUUUUUUUUUACAUUAUCGCAUGGUGUUUUUUAUGCUUUUGGACAUAGUCAUUGCUUAAGUUUUUCCCAGUUUUAUUUGCUUUUAUUUUCAGUUGAUUUAUCUUUUAUCAUUUAUCUUUUCCGUUGUAUGAUCACAUAAAAGAUGUCUGGCAAAUGGCCUCUUUAACAGCUUUUUUCUAUUCGUAAAAUCUCUAAUACCAUAUUGCGCAUUACUACACGCAGGUGUACCUUAUAAUAAUUUAGGUAUUCAGAGUGUUGUAAGUUAUUUAAGUCAUUCAAGCUAAAAAUAACUUUGCCUUGUUUGAUUUCGUUGUAAUUAUGUUUUCUUCAUAUAUACAUGUAUGAAGAAACUAUAGAUUUAUAAAUAGAUAUAUACAGAUGUGUGUAUUUCUUGCCAUGUAUGCUCCCAUAAAAUGUUAACCGUUUCUCACCUGUGAGCUCCUCUGUACAGGUUAUUCAUACCCCAACCAGCCAAACCUGUUCCAUUACCUUAGGAGUGACGCACACACACACACACACAAACAAAAAACGUGCAUGCAGAAACAAGCCUCACACAUAUGUGAAGCAGCCAUGAAGAUAUCACUCAGUUGUGGUGUUGUACGUUCUGGUUUAUGCAACUUAACUUUCCUUUUCUUAUAUAUAUUUGUUUCAUUUGAUGUCUUAGUUUUGACUUUCUUGUGCUAUGAGGGCAAACGCUAUGAGCCUGCGGGGUAACAGUAGCGUUCUGGGCAACGACUAAGUUUAUUGCAGUCAGGUUCUGAGAGAUCUGUUUUGCAUUUCAGUGUGUUAUUAUUCUAAGUGAUUGUACUAUUAUGUAAUGUUAUGUAGGAGAGGUGUUAUGUAUACAUACUUUAAAUAAAGCAUUCAGGGUUUUAAACUA